CAAGAGUUGUGUCCCAGGAAACACUUGGUGAUAUACUCUUGGUGUCCUGGUCCUGUGAUACGCGGCAGUUAAGGAAAACUGUUCAAGAUUUGGGACUUCGUGUAAUUAUACAUUUGUCAGCUGAAAUCGCUCAGGUCAACAGGUGUAUCAGGUGAAAGAAAAUGUGCCCAACCAUACUGUACAGCCUGUGAAUCGUACUCGGUAUACCCGAUUGUGAGUUGAGAACGAACCCAACUGUACUACAUUACCUUUUUGUUCUAGGUGAUGGCUGGUCAGUGGGGACAUCAUCAGGAGCAGCAUUUGUUGCAGUCUGCCAAUGCUGUCACUGAUAUGCUGAGCCAGUUACAAAAUGCUGCCAUGUCAAACAGCAGUCCAAGCAGAGGUGCUCACUUCCGAGGCAGGAGACGAGGUGUCAGAUAUCCUGAUGUGAGUCUCACAUUUGGUGAAACACUUAUUAUCAUACUGCAAAGAAGAGAAGGCAUUCCAGGACAUUACAACAACAGUUGGGGACAACAAAGGCAAAGGUGCUAUACAGGUCGGUGGCAACAACAAGGAAGAUAUGAAGAUACUCCGCAGCAUGAUGCAUACAGAGGAGCCACCAGAGUCACUCCUGAAGGUCUGGUGGAAUGUUUGGCUAAGUCUCCCAGUUUCUCUGCCAGUCUUUUACAACUCAUGGAAGAAAAGAGCUAUCAGCCAUCUAGUGUGAGAGAACUUGUUUCAUCCUGGAACAAAAUAUUUUAUUUAAAUGAUGAGGUUGUUGAGCUGAAGCCUCAGAUCAAGUUUUGUACGGCACACUCGGGAACGCAGGGAUGUCAAAGACGCUCUUCCUGCAGUGACUUACAUCUUUGUCCAAACUAUGUUCUAACAAAAUGUCAUGAACAGAAUUGUGUGUUAGGUCACAAAUGGAUGACAGAUCAUAACAUAUCUGUUUUAAAACCACUCUUUCUGGAUCAUCUUAUUAUCCCAACUCUCCGACGCAUAAUUCAAUCAGUGUCACCAUGUGACAUUAAACAACUUGAAGUUUGUCGAGACUAUAAUGAAGGAGACUGUGACCAAUCUGACUGCGAGGCUCUCCAUGUAUGUCUGAGUUUCGUGCUGGGACUUACAAAAUGCUCUCAUAUUGACUGUCAAUUAAACCACAACCUGUUGAGCCCUGAUUGCUGCCAGCUACUGAAAACUCAUGGUCUUCCUACCAAUGAGUCCCCUCGUGACAUUGUAGUGGCUCUGCUCUCCACUAAUCCCAACCUCUCUCAGGAUGAACAGUCUUCAACUGAGGAUAAGGAUUCAUCUAAUAUGUGUUUUAAAAGGCAAGUAUCAGAAAUGGUUACUAAGGGAGUCCCUACAAAGACUAAGAACCUCAUUGAAAAAAAUAAGAAAAACACCAAAAAGAAAGCAUCAAAGCCAUCCAGAAACUUCAUACAUAAGAACAGUAAACAAUGCAGCAGUGAAGGUGACUCUUCAUCCAAAACUGAAGAUGAAAGUGAAUCUGACAGUGAUAGCAAAAGUGACAGUUCAUUAUCUGAUGAAAAAAGUAGCUCAGAAAAGUUUAUAAAGAAAAGCAAAUCACUAAAAUUAAAUACUGAUACUCCACAGGACAAAAUAUCUGGCCAAGACAAACCAUCUGAUCAUGCUGAAACCCUUCCUGUAAAACGGGAAAUCCGUCGAACGUUAUGGUCACACUACUUACAGGGUGAUGUUCCAAUACCAGAAAUUUGUUACUACUCGGUAGAAGAAAUGUGCAAGUAUGAGGGAAGUGGAUGCCACCGGCUUCACUCAACACAACACUUCCAUUGGCAGGUCAGUGAACAAGGAAAUCGGUGGCUGAACCUGCGCCCUAGUCAGGUGACUUGCCUCGAACGGGCCUACUGUGACCCUUCACAAGAUGGUGUCGACCUUCCUCGACUUGAUCCAGCUACCCUCGAAAUCUCUGUUGGAGGCCUUCUUAUCUUGAUGGGCCGUGACACUUGGCAUGCGAACUUGAAAGCAAUGAACUUAACCAACUCAUCCAAAACAAAGAUCUUGAACAUUCGUCGUCUGUGUACACAGGCUAUCUCUGACCAAGUAAUAAAACCUGCCAUUUUUACAUGGUAUUUUUUGGAUGUGAACAAGAAAUGGGUUAAAUAUGGCAAUGCUGAUACUGCAGGAAAAAAUUAUUUAGUUAGUAGUGUAACAGCAGAUGACAUCGAGAAGCACUUUCAACAGACCCCAUCAGUGCCUCUUUCAUUUAUGAAUUCACGGUUCAUCUACAUUCUCGAUUUUAACACAUUGAUACAAACCAACCAGAGCACUAAUGUUAGUCGAGAGGUGCGGCGAAGGCCUGAACCUCACCUUCCUGAUGAGAAGACAGAUAAGGGAAGGGACCAGAAAACUGAUGAUUUUCCCUCAUGCUGGGAAGUAAUGCAACCUGAGGAGCGUGUGCGUCUGGUAGCUCUGGCUCCCACGUCUUCUGAGUACCAAACUGUGGUAGGCCUUCUGGCAAGGAGAGUGCAGAGUUCAAAAGUAUUGAAAGUGGAACGAAUUCAAAAUCCAUUCCUCUGGCGAGCAUUACAGAACAAGAUCAAAGAAAUGACAACAGUUUAUGGUGAUGAAUCAAAAGUUAAUGUUCGACAACUCUUCCAUGGCACUGGACAAAAUGUUGUCUCCAGCAUUUGUGCUGAAAACUUUGACUGGAGACUUCAUGGAUCUAGCUCUGGGCAGUCGUUUGGGCAAGGCACCUACUUCUCCACGGAUGCAGCUUACUCUUACAAAUACUGUCGUCCUGAUAAUACUGGCAUGAGAUACAUGUUUGUAGCACGUACUGCAGUAGGAACAUCGACUGUUGGUAACUCGUCUAUGGUGCGACCUCCCGCUAACAGAGCCACUAAUCUUCCUUUUGAUUCCACUGUUAAUAAUCAAGCUAAUCCAACAAUUAUUGUGAAAUAUGACAAACAGGAGUACUAUCCUGAGUACAUUUUAACUUUGACUUGAUGUGUGUAGUUCUGGUAUUAUGAAUAAUAGUAAUAAUAAUACGUACUUUAUUCAUAAUAUACAUAAUAAAUAUAGAGCAUAUUAUAGAGGUAAAGUAUAUUUGGAGGUACAGGAGUUAUAUAUUAAAUGAAGCCAAUAUGAAUUACCUAAGUUACUAAUUACCUAAUUGUAGUUACAGGAUGAGAGCUACUCUCGUGGUGUCCCAUCUUCCCAGCACUCUUUGUUGCAUAACGCUUUGAAACUACUGAUGAUUUUGGCCUCCACCACCUUCCCACUUAACUUGUUUUAACUUUCUACGACUGCUUGCAAAAGUGAAUUUUCUUAUAUUUCUUUGGCAGCUUUGUUUAGCUUGACUUUGUGACCUCUUGUUCAUGAAAAUCCAAGCCUCAGCAAUUCUUCCCAAUCAAUUUUGUCAAUUCCCAUUACUAUUUUGUGGACAGUGAUUAUAUCACCUUUUUCUUCUACAGUAUCUUCUCAUUUUGGUAUAUUUAAUGUCUAACCUCUCCUCAUAGGUCUUGUCUUUCAGUUCCAGGAGUCAGUUAAUUGCUUGUCUUUUGACCUUUUCCAGUUUGUCAUGAACAAUUUCUUUAGUAUUUCACUAUCCAUGUACAGUAUUUAAAAGAAGUUCUGAAAUUGGAAAGCGUAGCAUAGGCUUCUCGCAGUGUUCUUUAUGUGGUCCUCAG